AUGGGUAGUUUUGGUUCAGUCUACAAAGGAAUUCUUGAUCACGGUGAAAAAGUUGUUGUAGUGAAGGUACUAAACCUUCAAUUCCGUGGAGCUUCCAAGAGUUUUGUUGCUGAGUGUGAGGCCUUGAGGCACAUCAGACAUCGAAAUAUUGUCAAGGUUUUCACAGCAUGUUCAAGUGUUGACUAUAAUGGUAAUGAUUUCAAAGCUCUGGUUUACGAGUUUAUGGUCAAUGGUAGCCUAGAGGAUUGGUUACAUGCAAAUGAAAAUGAAGAGGAGGUGCAUGUCGAAUCAAGAAAUUUAAACCUCCUACAAAGGUUAAAUAUUGCCGUUAAUGUUGCUUCUGCACUUGAUUAUCUUCACCAUCAUUGCUCGGAACCAAUAGUUCACUGUGAUUUGAAGCCAAGCAAUGUUCUUCUGAAUGAUGAAAUGAUUGGGCAUGUAGGCGAUUUUGGGUUAGCUAGAUUCCUUCCAGAAGGCACCGAUAAUUCUUCUGCAACUCAAUCAAGUUCCAUUGGCUUAAGAGGGUUUGUUGAGUAUGGUAUGGAAAAUGAGUUGACGACAUCUGGUGAUGUAUACAGUUUUGGUAUCCUCUAA